CAAAAAACAUGAAGAUCCAUUAUUCAAUCAUUCUUUUUUUUGCUCUAAUUCUUUUAGACCUAGCAACUGCGGAGUCUGAGAAAACAAAUGAAAUUCUUGGUAAAAAGAAGUUCAAUCGACGAAACAAGGCAAAACGACCAGAUGACUUUAAAAGUCAAAUUCAUAACCGUCCUCCUCGUGCUUAUCACGGUAACAAUGGUUACAGAACAACAAAUAAACCAUGGGCUGUUCGUCCUGGCGGCAAAUGACGAGCGAUCGAAAAUUGAAAUUAAUUGAAUAUUUCUGGGGUUAUAUGGUUUUAAGUGAAUUUCUAAUUUCACUAAUAAAUA